GAAGCUGCACGAGAAGAGCAAAGAGGAAAAAGCCAAGUUACAUAAAGUCCGAUUGUACUCACGGUUUCCUUAUUGGGAAGCAGUUCCUUUCUGAUUCUGAAGAAGUUCUUGCCGUAUUGCCGGAGCCCCUUAACGAAGCGUUUCUGCGAUAAAAAAGAAACAAGUGAAACGUAAAAACCAAAACCAAAACAGGAUGUCAGCAAAGCAAAGAUCUGCAAUCAGCAGAAUAGCAACCGCAGAAAAGUCUGAGCUCGGGAAUAUCAGCUAGGCUGGAGGCUUUCGGCAGCACAGCUGGGACGUGCUGGCAGGGUAGGGCAGCCCCCCGGCCUGCGGGGAACCACAAGCAGCGUCGGGCAUUUAUGGCAAGCAGAGCUAAGGCGGCCUCCUGACACCACGGGCUGCACGAAGGUGCAAACAACAAACAGCCCGCGUUGCAAUAAACCAGCAUAGCUGCUUUCCAUCCGCGGAAGCAGCUGCCUUCGCAGAAGUGUCUGGUGCCGCUCCGGCCCUCGUCCCCUUCCAUGACCACGAAAGCUCACCCGAAGCCCGCAGCCCCAGAGCCGGGAACCGCUGGGGUCGAGCCCCCGGACUUUCACUUCGGCCGGGUCCACGAGCCGCCCCCACCUCCGAUCCGAGAGCAACCCGCAGCUACAGGCCAGGUCACACGCCCACUGAGAGGCAGCGAAACCCGCGCCGGUCCCCACCCCCAUGGCUGCUCCGGCCCGCGGCUGGGGUGUUCGCUCCCGCCAGGCCCGGGUAUCAGCCAGCACUUCACAAGUGAUCACUACGGAAGGGCCCCUGCCAAUAAAUCACCUGCCCAAGAGGGGCCUCCCACUCCGGGUGUUAGAGACCAGCGGGACAAACGUCGAGAAUGGCCAGCCCUGGCCUGUAAGACCCAUCUGCAACCUCGUACUCUAGUCCUUCAAGCUCUGCGAGUUCCGAUUUCUCCCUUUGCUAGGAUAUGACUCAUCACUGUCAAUUUUCAAUAUAAUUGAUAUAGUUCAGAGGGAACAAUCUGUGAGAAACAAGAAGGAAGCACACACUCCUC